GGAGGAGGCAAGGGCAGAACUCAGAUGUGGAGGGACCACAACCUGUUGAUACCCAGAGGGAGGUGAGAUUGCCCCAUAACUGCCCAAAAUCAGGGGGCAGAUCAGUGCAUUCCAGCCUUACAAAUAUCUCCAUCCACUAUGAACACUUAUCAUCACUCUUAGCAUUACAGAAACGCUGAUCUACGUUGUGGACUAUGCAAAGGCAGCUUCUCAGCACCCCAUGAGACCCAGGGACAUAAAGAUUUCACCAGCUCAACCCAGUGAACACACACAUAUGGCUCAUGGUGAUGUAAAAACUCCUACAGGUAGCAGUAGAGGAGCUGGAAUGAGGUCAGCUGUACCAAGGACAAGAGCAAGAGAAUGGCCAUCAGACACUGAAGAGCAGUCCAAGACCUAGACUCUUAUGUAUUUCCCAGGGCCAUAUAAUAAUACCAGCCCAGUGAUGAAUCCAAUCACUGCCCCCCAUAAACACCCUCCAAUGGGGCAGAGCAGAUUUCCUUCACGGAGAAGAGGCAUGAGCAGCCCCAGGGUAGGGUGUUUGGUCUGCUCAGAGCCAGGCAAGAGUUAAGGUGCUCAGAGAGAGAGAUAAGCAUUGAUGAAAGCCUGGAGAUCGGGUGCUCUGUGCAGAUAAAUGCUCCUGCCUUUCUCCUGCCAGCCCACCCCACUGCCCUGCUCUGACGCAGAGGGAGCUGCGGGGCUGAAUGGAGCUUGUUUGAGGUUCCAAUUAAAUCUCCAUGGAAAAGGGACACUCAUAUCCUCUUCUGAUAGACGGUAAUCAUAAACCCUCGGGGAGCUGCAGAGCACAUCACCUCCUGCAGCAGCAGCCGGCUCCUCGCACCAACAUGGGCUGCAGGGUAAGAGCCUUUUCCACACCGAUAGGUUUGUGUUGGGAAGGGAACAGGGGCUUGAGAGGUUAUUGGAGACCUUCAUCCCUGAGGACCAGGAUCCAGCCCUGGCCAUGCUGCCGGCUGCGGAGCACAUGCCCUGGCGCUGGCUGGCAGCAGCAAGGGCAUCCCGGAGGCUGGUGCUGGUGGUGGUGUUCGUGGCACUGCUGCUGGAUAACAUGCUGCUCACCGUCGUGGUACCCAUCGUCCCCACCUUCCUCUAUGCAACAGAAUAUGAAGGCACCAACAGCUCCAUUGCCCCAGCUCAGACUGAAACAGCUCCUCCAGCCCUGAAAGCUCCUCCUUUCUCCUCCGUGUUCUCCUAUUUUGACAACACCACGGUGACUGUCUUGGUCUCCACCAGUGCCAUGGAGCUGGUGAAUGGGACGGAGAGCAGCAUCUCACCAGAGCCCACUGCGAGCAUCCCACCAUCACCCAGCAGCUGCCCUGAGGGUGAGGAGUUCCUCGCCAAGGAAAACACCCGUGUGGGGCUGCUGUUUGCCUCCAAGGCUCUGGUACAGCUGAUGGUGAACCCGGCCGUGGGUCUCCUGACCAACAGGAUAGGAUACCACAUCCCCAUGUUCAUUGGGUUCGUCACCAUGUUCCUCUCUACAGUCAUGUUUGCCUUCUCAGGCACCUACACCCUGCUGCUCAUCGCCCGAGCCCUCCAAGGCGUUGGGUCAUCGUUCUCAUCAGUCGCAGGCUUGGGCAUGCUGGCCAGCGUGUACACGGAUGACUUCGAGAGGGGCAACGUGAUGGGCAUCGCUCUUGGAGGCUUGGCCUUGGGUGUGCUGAUCGGGGCCCCCUUUGGCAGUGUGAUGUAUGAAUUCGUGGGGAAGUCAUCUCCCUUCCUGGUCCUGGCAUUCUUUGCCCUGUUGGAUGGAGCUCUGCAGCUCUGCACACUGCAGCCCUCCAAGAUCUCCCCUGAGAGCACCAAAGGCACACCAGUGCUCACCCUGCUGCGAGACCCCUACAUCCUGGUUGCUGCAGGAGCCCUCUGCUUCUCCAACAUGGGGGUGGCCAUGCUGGAGCCCACCUUGCCCAUCUGGAUGAUGCAGACCAUGUGCUCCCCAAAGUGGCAGCUAGGGAUGGCAUUCCUCCCUGCCAGUGUAUCCUACCUCAUCGGUACCAACCUCUUUGGGAUUCUGGCUAACAGAAUAGGCCGGUGGCUGUGCUCCCUGAUCGGCAUGGCUGUGGUGGGAAUCAGUCUCCUUUGUGUACCUCUGGCCAAGACAAUUUACGGGCUGAUUGCCCCAAACAGCGGGCUUGGCUUUGCCAUAGGCAUGGUGGACUCCUCAAUGAUGCCCAUCAUGGGCUACCUCGUGGACCUUCGCCACACCUCCAUCUACGGCAACGUCUAUGCCAUAGCUGAUGUCGCCUUCUGCAUGGGCUUUGCGAUUGGUCCAUCCACAGGCGGUGCGAUCGCACGUGCUAUUGGCUUCCCUUGGCUGAUGGUCAUCAUUGGUGUCAUCAACAUUGCCUACGCUCCUCUGUGCUGGUACCUGCGUAACCCCCCCGCGAAAGAGGAGAAGAUUGCAAUCUUAAGCCAGGAGUGCCCCAUGCAAACCAAAAGCUACACGGCCCAGAAAACCCUGCGUGAUUUCCCUCUCACAGACGACAGCGAUGUGGAGGCAGAACAUGCGGAAUAGCACACGCAAGGAUGCUUGCCGUGUAUUGAAGCUAAUAUUACGGUUAUAGAACAUGGAUCUAUCAGCACCCAGGAAUAACCCUGUCUCCCCCAAGGCUUCUGGACACAAGCUGUGUCACUGACCUGUUCUCUUAGCCAAGCAACCCAGAGCAGGGAGCAGAGACUUGGGAUUCAGAGGCUCUAUUCGAUUAGUUAAGCUACUCAAUUGCUCUGUGACUUGUAGGCAAGCUGACCCAAACUCAACACAUCUCAUAUGUACAACAAAAGUUAUGAAGAGGAGGAGAAUCCUAUCACCCUGUCCUCCAGAGUAAUGCUGUCUCAGGCACAGCGUGUCAAUAUUAUUGA